AUGGUCUAUGGCGGCAAGCCGAGCACCGGAUGUUACCUUUGUCGUAAGCGGAAGAUAAAGUGCGAUGAAGCACACCCGGAGUGUCGAAAUUGCAAAAUCUAUGGCCGGCCUUGUCCAGGCUACCGACCAGAUGCAGUCUUCCGCAAUGAGACGAGAAAAGUUGAACGGAUGGUGAAGAAUGGCGGAAACGCGAACGCCAGCGGCAGCGGAGAAAGCGCGCCCUCUUCGGAUACUUCGGUAUCAUCCGUUGUCUCUCUCCGACGCAGAAAUACUCACCAAGGUCAUUCUGAUGGCCCAUUAAAUCUAUAUACGCCUGCGGAUUCUACUUGGGAACAGCGUGCGCUGUGCUACUUCUUUGACCAAUAUACCAUCAAAGCGGACGAGGAUGGCGGUCAUCUGGACUAUCUUCCUCCGCUAUACGCCCGUGAGAUAGAUCGAAAUAGCGAUUCCAGCUCCUCUUGUCUGAAGUGGGCAGUUGAUGCCACGGCAUUGAUGACAUUGGCCAAUGCCAAAAACGCACCUCUUCUCAUGAACAAGGCCCGGCUAGGCUAUGGCAAAGCUUUGCGUGGCUUGCAGGAGGCUUUAAAAUCGCCGGCACAUGCGGUGAAAGAUGAGACAUUUGCAUCGGUCGUCCUGCUCUCUUUAUAUGAGGAUAUUUCCGGUGAGCGGAAUGGUCUGCUCAGCUCGCAUACAGCGGGCUUCGAAUUUUUGAUGAAACUCCGAGGCGAAGGGCAGAUGGAUCAUCAGCGUGGCCGUGAUAUGUUCAAUUUUGCUUAUACCCACACUUACGUUGAAAUUCUUGCAUUGGGAGACAAUCCACGCUUCGACCUCGAAUGGGUCCAUGGAAUACUAGACAGCAAAAAUCCCGUUGAACAACUCAUGCUUUCAGCAUCUAAGAUAACCCAGCUUUUCUCCUCCAUGCGGUCUUCGCCACAGCCCCCAGACCAGAUGACCGUGGAAUCAUGGAUUUCCGCCAGUCGCGAGUACGACGCCGAACUUUCCCAGUGGACCCAGACUCUUCCGGACCGAUGGCUACCACUAGUCGUGUAUUCAGCCCAAGGCGAGUCGCUUUUGACAUAUCAACGAAUUUCCAACGCCAUCAUCUGGUACUAUUAUCGCGCGGUGCGAGUGAUGCUGCAACAGCUCCUUCUCGGACUGAGCCGGACUCUUUCAACUAUAAAAACCGUUAAUAAACAAGGGUCCAACUUCCCUGAAAGCUGCCCCGAAAAAGACGGGGAUUCCCCCAGUGACUCAGAUCUGCGUGCUGUUAUUCGCGAAAUGACAACGGAUACCUGUCGCAGUAUCCCCUUCUCGCUGGCAGACGUUGACUCCCUCGGGCGUCCCAACACGGCAGACAGUCCGCUUCAGAUCCGCGCUGCUCAAGCAUAUGGUCUUCUCUGGCCUCUUUGGUAUGUGCUUUCCUGUGGUCUGCCUACCGAGGCACAGGUACAACAGAUCAGAACGGUCUUAUGGCGAGUUGGAUCCAAUCUUGGAAUCAAAUUAGCAUUGGUACUUGCUCGCGAAGCAGAAAGCAUUCGCGGAGAGCCAGAUGAUGUUGCGCCGACGGGUAUGGGGUUCGGAUCUUGA